AUGGUCGAGAUCAUCCUGGACCCGAGCAUCCGUGACUGGGUCGUGCUGCCCAUGAUCAUCAUCUUUGGGUGCUCUGCCAUGGUGCGACACUAUGUCACGCUGCUGCUGAAGAAUGAGAAGAUGGCGAGUGUCGAGCAGCUCCUGCCCAUGAACACGGUCAAACGCGCGCAGAUUACACGUGUGAAUUCCAAGUUCAUUGCUCCCGAUGCCUUUGCAGUGCGCAAGCAUUAUUUUACAGCGUCUCAGAAGAAGGACGGCAGAAAGGGUGCACUGCGCGAGAAGGUCAAGAGCGAGGCGAUGAACCAGAUGAUGAACCCGAAUAGCAUGCUGGAGAUGAUGAAGGGCAACAUGACCUUUAUGGUGUCCAACUUUGUCAUGAUGGGACUCAUGAGCUACUUUUUUGGCGGCUUCGUGUUGGCAAAGGUACCAUUCUCGCUGACGCAGAAAUUUAAAAUGAUGUUGCAACGCGGCAUUGAGCUCAACACGCUGGACGUGUCGUACGUGUCGUCGGUGUCCUGGUACUUCCUCGUAAGCUUCGGCAUGCGCGGGUUUCUCUCGCUUGUACUUGGUGAAAUGAGCGCAAGCGACGAUGCCAAGGCCAUGCAGAUGCAGAUGGGAAUGAACGCGGGUCCUAAUAUGGCUUUUGAUGCGCCCAAAGCGUACAAACAGGAACGUGUGAGCCUCCGCCUGCACAACCAUGAGUGGGAACUAGAAUACGCGGAGAAGAAGCUUUUGGGCGAGCUUAUUCCGGAGAAGUCCAAGUUGCUGGCGGCGUCGUCAUCGUACAGCUCAACGACCAUCACCACGGAAAAGCGAUCGUCCAAGUACACGAAGGUUUCAAAGAAAAAGUAG